CAUAAAUGGCUCGUGCUCUUCUGGCGUUGCCCGUUCGUGCUCUUCUUUGUGCGCCUCGUCUUUCCGUUUCUACUUCACUCCAUUAGCAUCGUUCUCUCGCUCAAAUGGCUCUCGAAGUCGCUGUGAAGGCCGCCGUUGGUGCCCCUGAUAUUCUCGGAGACUGUCCGUUCUCUCAAAGGGUGCUGUUAACUUUGGAGGAGAAGCAUAUUCCCUACAAGACUCACCUUAUCAAUAUCAGUGAUAAACCCAACUGGUUUUUGGACGUGAAUCCUGAAGGGAAGGUGCCGGUUCUUAAGAUUGAUGACAAAUGGGUGUCUGAUUCUGACGUUAUUGUGGGGAUUCUCGAGGGAAAAUAUCCAGAACCUUCGCUUGCCACUCCUUCUGAAUUCGCCUCUGUGGGAUCAAAGAUAUUUGGAUCUUUUGUGAGUUUCCUCAAGAGCAAGGAUCCAAAUGAUGGAACAGAGCAGGCAUUACUUAAUGAAUUGAAGGCUUUGAAUGACCAUCUGCAGGCACAUGGCCCAUAUGUUGCUGGGGAUAAGGUCACUGCUGUUGAUUUGAGUUUGGCACCAAAACUUUACCAUCUUACUGUUGCACUUCGCCACUUUAAGAACUGGACUAUCCCUGAAAAUUUGACCCAUGUCCAUAACUACACAAAGUUGUUGUUUGCCCGGGAAUCAUUUCAGAAAACCAAGGCUGCCGAGCAAUAUGUCAUUGCAGGAUGGGCACCGAAGGUCAAUGCAUGAAUCAGCACUAAAAUAUGAGGCUUAAUAAUAUCAGAUAUGUGAAGUGUUUGUGCGUGUGGCAGAACUCUUUUUAAGAAAUAGGAGGGAUAGCUCUUGUGUGUUAUGUGUUAUGCUUUAGUGGAUUGUUGCUCCUAUCUAUUAUUAAUAAUAAUAUAUAUAUAUGUGUGUGUGUGUGUGUGGCUUGUUCUCUGUUUA